CACGUUUGGGGCUGAUAGGGCAUUACAUGUAGCCCUGAUCGUGCACACAAUAUUGUACAUUUCUAUGCAACUGUACUUAAUAUUGUUCCGUUACAAGGAUUAUUGUGGCUUGUUUUGAGAGACACAAUUGCAUGUCCCAUGUGUAUGAGAUUGUGAAGUGAUAUUACAAAGGAUAUAUGGCAGCGUGUAGCGACAUAUCGCAGUGUUGGAGGUAAACAGUCAUGCUGAAAUUAUAACGCUUCAGUUGCAUUGACAGUGCUGUCAAUGAACUGUUACGCACAUCGGUGGCAGAUAUCUCCUACGACGUGACGUCUUUUCCAGAGAGUGGUAAUACUGAGCCGAUUCUACGAAUCCUGCAUACGCCAUGGACAGGGGACGUGGGAGGAUCCUCUAGUGAAGGAGCUGAUUAUGAUCAGGUUGAAGUGAUGAAUUCUCUCAUAUCUAGUGACUGUUCACGAGGGAAUUGUCCUGGAACCUUCACACGUGGACUCGCGCUUUCACCGCUACACGUGGCAUGUACAGGAGGCCACCUCACCGUCGUGAAGUCGCUAGUGGAGGAUCAUGGAGUGGAUGUACGGCAAGGGGAUGCUUUCAACAGGACUCCGCUCUACAUGGCUGUAGUAAAGGGACAUCUGAAUAUCACCAAAUUUCUCAUUGAAGCAGGUGCGCCAGCAUACUCUGUGAAUAUUUUCAACAGAGCUUCUCUCAUCCACACCGCAGUACAGAGCAAGAACGUUGAAGUAUGUGAGUACCUGCUGACGUUACAUCCAAACGUGGACGUCCGUGACAACAGUGGUAAUACUCCUCUUCAUCUGGCAGCCAGACUUGGAUGUCUGGACGUAUGUACGUUACUGUUGGACAAAGGAGCCAAUAUUAACACUGUGAAUAAUUUUGGGAACAGUCCAUUCCUGGAGGCUACCUCCCACUGUAAGUUGGAUGUCAUUGAAUACCUUAAUACCCGGGGUGCAGAUACCCGUGUGAGAGACAGGUUCGGCAAUGGUGUUCUCCACGUGGCCGUACGUAGCAGAUCAUACGCAAUUACACGUUAUGUUCUUGUAGACAUGAAUCUGCCAUUAAAUGUCACCAACUAUGAUGGUCAAUCGGUUUUAAAACUCGCAACCAACUUACAACUAUGGGAUAUUGUCUGUCUUCUUCUCCAGGCUGGCUACAACCCAGGAGCAGAGACUGUGAUACCAGAUGAGGAUGUGUCAUUGAAUCAAGGAAACAUGACCGUCAGUUAUAUGAGACACAUCGCAUCAAAUCCCAGAACUCUUCAAAAUCUGUGCUGCUUCAGGAUUAGACACUUACUUGGUACACGUCUAUCACAAACAGUGGGUUGUCUACCUCUGCCAGAGAGAAUAAAAGAUAUGAUUAGACUGAAGCAUAUUUUGCUUCAUCACUGACUUUAUCAGCUCAUUUUGAGAACGAUGUGUCGCGUUUGACACACUGAAAAUAUUAAUACCAGAAGUUCUGAAAGAUGUGAUUGGAAAAGAUUAUAUAAUUAUGUAUAUGUACAUAAAUUAGUAAGUCUCAGGGUUUCUAAAGUGUAACCAGAUCCGUCACAAUGCCGUGUUGUAUAAGCAUUGUUACAUACUGGUCCUUCGUUGAAUACGACAUGGGUAUGAACUGACGUUGUAUACAAAGACCCUCUUGGAGUGUCAACGAGUGGUCUACACACCUACAUGUAUGUUUGUGAAUGAAUGCUUCACCUGUCAUGUAUAAUGCAUGUGUGGGUGGUGAUUUCUUUCAUGAGAGUUCAAACAAAUAGAACCCUAGUCAUGUUACCCUGUUUACGACCAAGCCCUGUAUUUGUGUACACUUUCUAUGACAGCUGACACACCUGUCAACGUAGUUGUUCACAAGAGGAAUGCCAGUAGCAUGCAGGGACUUGACCGUUUCCUGAAUCUGUCGUUAUGUUGGGUAAUGUAAUUCUAGGUCCUGGUAUGAAUGACAACCUACUCUGCCCAACGCAUCUUUGACAAGUCCCAACCAAUUGUGUGCCAUAUGUUUAAUUUAAAUAUAUAUGAACAUGUAAAUAUAGAUGAACACUGAUACUGAAUAUACUAUAAUAUAUACAUAUCUUAAUAUACUGUUUAUAUGGACGUUAUUAUAAA